UGUUUUUGUGUUGUUGAUAACAGCCCGGUGGGGCCUGCGGGGCCCACUUGAAGCCAAAUCUCCACUAACAAGCAAUUCCUAAUAUCAGUUAGUGGAAAAUUACUUUAGAGUAUAGUCGCCAGUGUUCCAGCUACGUCGUUAGAAGAUUAACAAAUAGACCACAAUGUCCGUUGAUGUCCAUAAAUCUUAUAUUGAUAAGCAUUUAAUACCGGAAAUCCUAAGCAAAUUGGAUAAUGAGGAACUGGUAUCCUAUAAAACAGAACAUUCCAGUGGUUUGGAUGGUUUCAUGUCUGCCCUGUAUAAUAUACAACUUAAGACCAAAUCUAAAGAAGGUGAAAUUGAUCGCUUACUGAUAGCGAAGUUUAUGAGAGGCGAUGUUGAGUUUCGAGAGUCCAGUAAAUCAUACGUCCAAUUUGCCAAUGAAAUAUUUAUCUAUUCCGAUGUGCUGCCGCAAUAUGAAAAACUCUUGAAUGAUUUGAAAAUUACCACACUGAAGAUAACCGAAUUGGCGCCGAGCUGCUAUAAGGCGGCUUUUGGUUAUAUUGAAGGCCUCAGUUCCUCCCCAAAGGAUGAAGAAGCCGCCUUGGUUUUGGAAAAUUUAAAACCUCUGGGCUAUGGCAUGGGCCCACGUCUCAUCUUGGAUCGUGAUCAUUUAUUGGCCAUGUGCAAACCGGUGGCCAAACAUCAUGCCUUCUCCUAUGCGCUGCGUGCCUUAAAUAACAAUCAAUUGGAACGUUUAAAAUCCGGUCUAAAUGUCUUAAAAUUUAUUCCCCUAAGUCCCGAAGAGGCCAAGGGUCACCUGUACACGAUCAUUUAUCGUUUGGGUUUCGAUCGUUUCUAUGAGUAUUUCGAUCGUAUUAUCGAUACAAAUACCUUUGAUAAAAAAUGCGCUAAAGAUUUGAAAUUAAUUGAAAAUUUGCGCAGACUAAAAGAGAAGUAUUUUGAACAACCCACCAAGCUGUUGGAAAAGUUGAGAGUGCAGGUGGAGGAAACCGAGGAGGAUCGGAAAUUUGCUGCCAUUUUGCAUGGGGAUUAUAAUCGCAAUAAUGUCUUGUUCAAAUACAAUGCUGAGGGCAAUGUGGAGGAUGUUAAAAUGAUUGAUUUUCAGGAGGUACGCUAUGGCUCCCCAGUAUUGGAUUUAAGCUUUUUCAUGUAUUUCAAUUCCUCGGCCGAAAGCCGUUAUGAACUCUGGCCUGUUUUGUUGCAAACCUAUCACUCGUAUAUGUAUGAAACAUUGGAAAUGUUAUUAAAAGCCUCAGGCAAAAGUCAGCAGGAAAUUGAGGAUGUCUUAAGCCAUUAUACCUUUGAGAAAUUCCAACGACAUUUUGCGCGUUUUGCUUUUUAUGGUGUCAUCAUUUGUUUCCAUUUUCUACCCUGGAUGCUGUGCAGUGAAGAGGAGUGUUCAGAGUUAUCGGAAUUAUUUGCCAAUGAUUUUACGGGGGAAAGGUUUCGCAAAUUAAGCAUCGAAGCUGGUGGCGAUGAGGUGAAUUUUCAAAUAUUGGCUGCUGUGCGUCAUGCCUCCGAAAUGGGUUACAUGGAUGAUUUGUAGGAGAAGUAGAAUUUAUGAAGUGAUUUUUAAAAUGGAAAUUGUUUUUGAUACACAUAUAUUUCUUUUAUAUACAUAUACUAUAGGUAGACCAUACCUCCAUAUCUUAUGAGACAAUAAAGUAUUAUAUGUGCCCCUUCUAUGUGGAACAAAUCGGAAGAUUUGCAGUAACUGCAUAUUAGCCUUUGAAGAAUUUCCGAAUAUCUUUGUAUUUCAACAUUCAACCAACCAAUAAAGUACAUGGACAGGAUUUAAUCAAAA